GCCCUGAUGCAGACAAUUCCCCCAUUCCCACAAUUUUUUUUCCUUCAAUUGCUGAAAUAAAAUUCCAUAAGGCUGGAACAUAUCUUUGUCUUCUUGAGAAUUUUUUCCCUGAAGUUAUCAAGAUACAUUGGAAAGAAAAAGAUGGCAAAACAAUUCUGAAAUCCCAGCAGGGAGACACCAUGA